AUGGACCCCGAUGACCUCUUCACUGAGAUCACCAACCAGACCGUGGAGAUCGUCCUGACGGCGCACCCGACCCAAGUCAACCGCCGCACCCUGCAGUACAAGCACGCCAAGAUCGCCGCCCUGCUGCAGCAGCACGACCGGCAAGACCUGAUGCCCGAGGAGAGGGAGCUGGUCAUCCAGGACCUGGUGCGCGAGGUCACCGCGCUGUGGCAGACCGACGAGCUGCGCAGGCAGAAGCCCUCGCCCGUGGACGAGGCGCGCGGGGGCCUGCACGUCGUGGAGCAGUCCCUGUGGUCCGCGGUGCCCACGUUCCUGCGCCGCAUGAGCAGCGCCCUGAAGAAGCACACGGGGCGCGAGCUGCCGCUCAACGCGACGCCGAUCAAGUUUGGCUCGUGGAUGGGCGGGGACAGGGACGGCAACCCCAACGUGACGUCCAAAACCACGCACCAUGUGACGGCCCUCGGCCGCUGGAUGGCGGCUGACCUGUACCUGCGGGAGGUGGACGUGCUGCGCUUCGAGCUGUCCAACAACCAGUGCAGCGACCAGGUGUGGCGCAUGGCCACCGAGAUCCUCGAGAUCAACAAGCACAGGGGCGCCGAGAGCAGCGACGCCGCGAGCGAGAAGGUGGCGAUGACAUCAGCGCACCCCACGCAGACCGACGAGGCGUCCUACCCAGGGGGCAUGGUGUCGGGCACCCACCCCGGGGGGUCUUACGAGCAGCAGGCGAUGCUGCAGGCCGAAAGGGGGGCGGUGGUGCCCCACGAACUGCCCGGCCAGGAUCCCGAGGGCGGCAGCGAGGUGGAGUACUCCCUUGAAGUAUCGGAGGACCCCUCCCGCGCAUCCACGCCCACCACCGCCCGCGCCGCCGCUGCCGCCGCCGCCAACCCCCUCGGCCGCGCCGCCGCCGACGGCGCGGGGCCGCUGCCGACGGCGGGUGGCCGCCCGCGGCGGAGCUCCGGGGCAACGGACGCAGCGGGCGCCGCGGGCGCGGCGGCAGCGGGGGUGGGGGCGGUGCGAGUCAAGGGAAUCGGCGGGAGCAGCGCCGCGGGCGGGGACAGCCCCUCACACCUGCGCUAUGUGGGUGUUGGUUCGAUUCGCGCCGCGCCGCUUGGGGUGGUUGGUUAG